UUUUUCUUUUUUUUUUUUUGAGAAUUUAAAUUUGUUUUUAUUUCCCUUAAAAAAAAACAAAAUUUGGGCUGUGCCAUUUCUCGUAUUGUUGUUUAUUGUUGUUGUUGUUGUUGUUAUGUCUUCCUCCGCCCCUUCUUCCUCCGGUAGCGGACGACGGCGGCGAGGUGUUGGUGAUUUUGAUGGUCCAUCUUCAUCCCGCCGCCGUGGGGCCAAUGAGAUUUGGCCUGAGCCAUUUAUUGAAGCACUCGCCACUCAAGUCGCCAUUGAUGCUUCUCGCUCUCUUGGUCGUAUUCAUGCUGCUGCUGCUCUUUCAAAUGUUUUCCAGGUAUGUUCCACAUGGCGAGUGGUGUCUCGCUCCGAGCUACUGUGGCAUCGUUUGACUACUCGAAUAUGGGGUCGGACCUAUCGUCUACUCGACACGUGGCGCGAUGAGUAUGUGUACUGGCACACUAUUGCUCGUAAUUUUCGCACUGGUAGAUCUCUCCAUACUGUUCUCCGAUACGACCAAUCAGACGUGGAUGAACCUGAUGGUUUGAUGUGUCGUUGCCUUGCCAUCUCCUUGCGCCACUUGGCAUGCGGAUUUGCCGAUGGUACUGUCCGCCUAUUUGACCUUGCUACGCGGUUGCAUAUCACGACGUUUCGCCCUCACCACCGUGAUCGUCUUGGCCAGUUCUCGCGUGCUGUCUCCGGUAUUGUCAUCAUUGCCGAUGCCCGUCUCGUUUUUGCAAGCAUUGAUGGUGAUAUCCACGUUGGGAUCAUUGCCCCCAACCCUGUUGCUAUUUCCCCCACUCGUCGAGUCCACGAGGGUAAUGUGAUGAAUGAUGGCGUGUUGGUUGACUUUGCCGGCUGUGAUAGAUGGUGGGUUGGACUGUACGCAGGUGUACCUGGUCGUGCAUUUCACAUAUGGGACGGAAACAGUGAAGAACUCGUGUUCGUAGGUGGGUCGUUGACUGAUCCAGAAUCUGUAACAGGGUGGCACAUGUUGGCGGAGCUAACGGAGCAAGUUGGUAGGGUACGAGUGUCGAAUCAAGAAUCGGCAGUAGCAUGCACUAGCCUACAACUCAUGGUUUUGGACUUAAGAAAUCAAGAAGUGGUAUUAAACGAAGAGGAAAAUGGGGUGGUACGGAUAGUAACAUCAAUGGAUGUAAGCAAUGAGACUUACAUAGUGGUGGACGGAAAUGGGGUGGCCAUUGUACGACGAGUGGACACAAUGGAAGAAGUGUGCACGUUCACAGUAAGAGGGGCGGCUGACAGAGGGGUUGUGGGAUGCAUCAACAUGGGUUAUGCUGUGAUGAGUUCUGGUGGAACGAUUAGAGUUUGGGACAUAGAACAUGGGCAAUAUAUGUGCAGGUUUAGAGAGAGGAUUGGGGCUGCCAAUGCCAUCGUUGCCAAUGAUCGAUAUGUGGCUGCCUCCGCGUUUGACACAACUUUACAUCUGUGGGAUUUUGGUGCAUAACUAAAACAAUGUACUUUCUUUUGCCGGGAGAAUCCUCCACUGGUUUGGUUCUCAUAAACUGCCAAUUUAUGAAAACAUAAAUUCUUCAAUACUCUCUGCCUGCAGGUAUUAUUUGGUCAAAUUUUUGGCAAUAUUAUUAAUUACCAUCAGACAAUGAUUUUUUGAUUUUUGGUUUUCCUGUUACAAAGGAGAUUUUUAAUUAUCAUACUUAUAACGUGGGACCUACCAACGAGCUAAUAUAAUAGAUAAUAAUAACGAAUAAACUUUUCCAAGUCUUUUCUGUCUUCACAAAAGUAUGUACAAUCUUUUCUAACUUAGAUAUGUAUAGGGACAUGAAAUCUUAAACCUAGUGAUGCCAAAU